AUGUUAAAUAAUCUUAAAAAAUAUAACUUGACAAAACCUGAAAAAUUACAAAUAAUUAAUUUAAUGCCUCAAAGUAUUGCUGAAUUGGAAUUGAUAAUUGAGGAUUGUGAAGAUAGAUUUAAGAUGGAAGUUUUAAAUGAGAUAUUGGUUAUAAUUGGAUCAAAUUUAAAAGAAAAUAGUCAUCAUCCAUUUAUUGAUAAUAAUAACAAUAGCAACAUUAAUAAGACAUUGAUAGAAAAUGAUGAAUCAUACACAUUUAUUCAUUAUGAAGCUAAUAAACCAGAAUCAUAA